AUGGCUCCGGUGGGCACUCUGGCUUUCCUUUGCAUUCUCCCCGUGAAGAUGGCCGGUGCCAUCCGACAUUUGGACGCACCCGCCGCCUCUGCGACUCAGGACUUGACAUUGACCAAGCAGUGCUGCUACAGCGAGCGCGACGACAUCAACUUCUGCUCCUACGACGAUUGUUUUGUGCUGCCCAAGAAGGACAUGUCUUGCCCAAAAGAUUGCUGCACGAAGGGCAAGAACUGUCCAAAGCCCGGUGAGAAGAAGAGGCAUUGCUGUUGGAAUGCGGUCGAAGGCAAGAACACAUGCUUCAGAGACCACUGCGCGGCGGAGGCGGACCCGGAUUACGCGUGCCCUUCCGAGUGCAAGAAAGAGUGCUGCUGGAGCCCGGAAAGUCAAGAGAACCAGUGCUUCGAAGAGUACUGCAAGUUCCCGCCUAAGCUCAAUGUGGGCUACAGAGGAUCCUGUCCGGAUGAGUGCAAUGACGUCUGA